CGGAGUUUAAUGCACAACGCUGCACAACUUAACUUUUUCCACUGUUUCAUGCGGCUGGGGGCAGAAUGAGGAACUUAGUCUUCGGGUUCGGCGCGGGCGUGGCGGUGGGCGCUGGCGGGUGCUACCUGUACCUGUCGGUAGUGCAGAAGCCGGAGCCCCGCCGCGUUGGCCGCGGCGGCGUGGAGUUGGACCACCCCGCCCUGAAGCAUGGCGUGCCGGAGACUGACAUUAUACGGGUGUACGACGGGUACGUGGCGGCGUACGACUACCGCACACGCAACCCCAAGUGGGUGGCCGAGCACAUCACGCCCGCCUCCUGGAGCGGCGAGGCCAACCGCGAGCGCUCGGAGUUUUUCCCCGACCCGGAGGUUGACCCGCGGUUCGGCGCCAAGCUGAGCGACUUCCGCGGGUCGGGGUACGACCGAGGGCACAUGGCUCCCGCCGCCAACCACAAGGACAGUCAGAAGGCGAUGGACCAGACCUUCAGCCUCGUCAACAUCAGCCCGCAGGCUGGCAAGGGCUUUAACCGGGACUACUGGGCUCGCUUCGAGCGCUUCGUGAAGGAGCUUACAGAUGUGGCAGGCGACGUGUAUGUGAUCACUGGGCCGUUGUGGCUGCCCACGCAGCAGCAGCUAGAAGGCGCGGCGGCCGGGGGCGCAGCGGGGUCUGGCGCCGCAAACGGCGCGCCCACCUCCAAAUGGACGCUCACACACGACUGGAUUGGCAAGCCGCCGGGUCUGGUGGCGGUGCCCACUCACUACUACAAGGUCGUCUUGGCUGACACCCGCGGUGACAACAACAGCGCCGCCGGCAAGCAGCCCCUGCGCGGCAACAAGCAGCCGCUGCCUCGUGGCACGGUGGGCGUGGGCGCCUUCGUGAUGCCCAACGCGCCCAUCGACCCGCGCACACCUCUGGCCGCCUACGUGGUGCCGCUGGAGGACCUGGAGCAGGUGGCUGGUACGUCGUUCUUCCCCGCACUGCUGGGCGACUCGCGGCGGCGGGAGGCGGCUGACGUGGCGGCGGCGGGCUGGCGGGCGGCGGGCAUGUCGCAGCUCAAGCCCUUUGAGCGGCUCACCAUGAAGCAGGCCUUCGCAGCGCUGCCUCCCCCCGCGUCCUCCAUGACCAUCGACGUGGAGGCCUCCACCAGUGGCACUAGCAUCAGUAGCAGCGGCAGCAGCGCUGCGGAGGCACCUCGGCCGCCCAAAACGCCGGCGGGGUCGGGCGUGGUGCACAUCUGCGAGGUCAACGCGUGCCGUCUGCCGCCCACCGACUUCUUCCAGCGGGGCAGCGGGGGAGGUGGUGGAGGCGGUGGUGCAGGUGGCGGAGGUGGCGGUCGCAGUAGCAGCGCUCCCUCGUCACGGUCGCGGUAGUGGGGUGACAGAGAUGAGCAUGGUCGUACUUUGGGAGGGGAGGUGAUGGAUUCGGACCUCGAAACGCUUGAGAAUGAGGAUGGUGCUGGGGAGCGCACUCAGUACGUGAGCAGGUUACCGUAUGCCCGCCAGCGGAUACAGGAAGACGUGAUGUGGGGUUGGAUGGCCUUAAUACAAGUGAUGCAGAUGCCAAGACUUUAGGGACGGGGCCCUCGAGGUCGGGAGGAGGGACGACAGGUGGCGAAGUAGUUUGCAUCAAGGUGGUACGCUUGAGGACAGCGCUACAAGGGUGCAUGCAGUAGAUGGAGUACGUGCGAGGUGUUUCGGCGUCGAGCAGUGUCAAACGAAUUCACAGCGAGCCGAUAGUUGAGGAGACGCGAUGCGGUCGGGCAGUCCGAGAUUUUGGGCUUUUGGCCUGACGUGUGGAAACCUGAAAGGCG